CCUCCUCCAUUCUCUCUCUCUCUUUCUCUAUCAAGAUUUCAUAUACAUUUGAUCUGAUGAAGGGAGGAUAUGAAGUGGUUCAUGGGUCUCUUGAUAUGAUGCCACCACAUGAACCAUGGGAUUAUUCCUCUGUUGGGUUUCCUUCAGCUCCAUUAAUUUCCAGUUCCUUUCCUAAUAAGCCAGUAAUGAACUUGGAGAGGAAUGAGCUCUCUGAGUGGGUUGAAAAUGUCACCAAACAGCUUAUUGAUGACAUGCCUGAUACGGCAAGCUGUGAGAAUCUGCAUACAGACGCAACAAUGGUCUAUUCGGAUGAUAAUAAUAACAUCUUUCCUUCAUCACUCUUAAUGGGUGGUGGUGAUUUUAGACCAAGAAAAUCUAUGAGGAGAAGUUACUUUGAUGGUGUAUAUAAUGGAGAAGAUUGCCAUUGGAGCAAUGAGCAAAAUUUGGCAGCGAGCAGUAGCAACAGCAGUAGUAGCAGUGCUGCUGCUGCUAGAGGCUUGAGUAGAAUAGAUGAGCAAGGCUUGAGCUUGAUAACUCUUCUGUUGGAGUGUGCGGUUGCUAUAUCAGUUGAUAAUCUCGGUGAAGCUCAUAGAAUGUUGCUUGAGCUUACCCAAAUGGCUUCUCCUUAUGGUCCUUCUUGUGCUGAAAGAGUUGUGGCUUAUUUUGCUAAGGCCAUGGCUAGUAGGGUUAUAAACUCAUGGCUAGGUAUUUGCUCUCCUUUGAUUAACCACAAGAGUGUUCACACAGCUUUUCAAGUCUUCAACAAUGUCUCUCCUUUUAUCAAAUUUGCACACUUCACCUCUAACCAAGCAAUCCUCGAAGCCUUCCACCGCAGAGACAGAGUUCACAUAAUCGAUCUAGACAUCAUGCAAGGCUUGCAAUGGCCUGCUUUGUUUCACAUCCUCGCAACGAGAAUUGAAGGUCCUCCACACGUUAGAAUGACAGGCAUGGGAACUUCCAUGGAGCUGCUCGUAGAGACAGGGAAACAACUCUCAAAUUUCGCUAAGCGGCUUGGAAUGUCAUUUGAAUUCCACCCAGUUGCGAAGAAAUUCGGAGAAAUUGAUGCGUCGAUGGUUCCACUGAGGAGAGGCGAAACACUGGCCGUACAUUGGCUGCAACACUCACUGUAUGAUGCCACAGGACCUGACUGGAAAACGAUGAGACUACUCGAAGAACUGGCUCCAAGAGUUAUCACAUUGGUCGAGCAAGACAUCUCCCAUGGAGGAUCAUUCUUGGACCGUUUCGUAGGUUCUCUUCACUACUACUCAACCUUGUUCGAUUCCCUCGGUGCAUUUCUGCCAUGUGAAGACUCAAGCAGGCACAGAGUAGAGCAUUGUCUUCUACACAGAGAAAUCAACAACAUCUUAGCCAUUGGAGGACCAGCAAGAAGUGGAGAAGACAAGUUCCGGCAUUGGAGAAGUGAGCUAGCAACAAGAAGUUCAUUUAUGCAAGUACCCAUGAGCGCAAACUCCAUGGCUCAAGCACAGCUGAUACUGAACAUGUUUCCUCCUGCUCAUGGAUAUAGCCUUGUGCAAGGAGAUGGAACUUUGAAGCUUGGGUGGAAGGAGACAAGCUUGUUCACUGCUUCCGCUUGGACUUCACAUUCUUCUAGAUAGCUGUAAUUAUAGUUCAUCUGAAUGCUUUAUUUUUAAUUUGUCCGUCUCUGUUUCAGUGAAUUGCAUUUGAUACUGUAAAGGUUAUGUUAAUCGAUAUGUAUAUUGACCUUAUAGCUAGGCUUGUAUUGUAGUCAAUAUAUAGAGGAUAUUAAUUAGGGUUAAUUUGUAAUCCAAUUAAGUCCCAAUUUGUCUAUACCCUCUUGUGUCUCA